GCAUGAACGGAUGCACUAUAUGGCGUGUAGCGGACGGGCCAUCUGUUUUCCGAAACUUUUGUGGGCGUUGUCUGUCCAGAACAAACACGGCGAAUGUUCCGCAGUGCCAGUGAGCCGCAUAUUUACGGAGGCGCCUGGAAUCGACGGUGGUGUACGAUCAACGACGGCCGCGAAGGCGAGCUGAGCUGGACGACUGCCGAAAACGACAGUAGCUACUGUCGUCGCAAUCUCGAGAAACUGUUCGGUCAGUGCGGUGACGGACUCGGUUGACGGCGUAUCCGCGAGCUCCAGCGGGAGUAGCUGAAGCAGAAGAACGGAAAAGCUCCGCACUGCCGCGCUCCCUUCGCAUCCGCGGCCGCCAGCGAGGAGGGAGUCUCCUCCCGAAGCGCUUUCCUUCGCCCUCCUCCUGAGGCGUAUAAAAGGCGACCGAGCGCCCUUUGAACACCGAUAAGACCGGUUUGAGGACGCGGGCCACUUCGCGAGACACACUCGGAGCGUUUGCGGUUCGCGCUAGACGCUUCCUUCCGCCGUUGUGCGCCCGAUCGGUUGCAACGCGUGUUUCUUUCUGCUGCUGGCCCGCGUGUGCCGGUCCCGAAGUUUCGUCGUCUCGCAACAAACGGCGAUGGCAUUCCGCGCCUCGGUCGGCCGCUCACCGUCGUUGUGGUGCCUGGUGUUGGUGGUCACGAUUUUACCCUGCCUCGGACUACACAACGGUGUCGCCCGUUAUCGGCACUUCGAUGACUACCUGCGGAAUAUGGACUCUGAGGAGCGGGCCAUAAUCACCGACGAAUCAAGUCCAGACGGCGCUGGCAGCGACAGCGAUGCAGAGCGCAGCAUCACGACAACGCCGCCCACAACCCCGAGCUGGGAGAACCAGCGGGACAUCACGUGCUGCAUGCUGGGCCAGAUAGCCGGCGACAAGGGCUACCACUGCUUCGCCAAGUUCUACGCGGCGCGCCUCCGGAUGCGGAACAGGAACCGGGCUCACAACCGGAAGAUGGGCUUCUACGGCCGAAACCGGAUACCGGACUACGGUCACCGGCUUAUGCGGACCUUCGAGCAGUGCGUAGUGGGCGACCAUGGUACCAUCUUCCACAAGUGCUGCCACAUGGUGGCGCUCGAACGCCGAGACCGGGUUCGCUACGACACGUCUGCGUCGUCUGCUGGAAGAAGCCACUCCACAGCGUCUGCUGCCGAGCCGGAGUCGUCUGCGAGCCAGCAGGGAGAGUCGUCUGCUUCGCAACACGAACGGGAGAUGAACCGUUAUCACCACCCCCACCACCGCCAGCACAGAACGCAAGAAGAAACCGGCGGCGAAUCUGUGGAAGUGACCACGACGACCACGGAAAGUCCCCGUCACCAGAGAGGCCACCACCAUCGUAACAGUGAUGACGACGCCAGCACAGACGCGGGGAACAGCAGACGGUAGAAAACGAACAAGCAGCACGGUCCAGACGACUUGUUGGCAUACUGGGCAGGGACAUUGCGCGUUUCCCGAGAGUUGUCGAAAUCGAGUCGUUUCUUGUAGCGGUUGCCGGGGGGAAUUAGUUUCUCUCUCCAUAGAGUGUUGUUCAGAGAGAGAUAUCUGCAUUCGAGCCAAACCAAGAUACUUAACGAAAGCAGAUGACGUAAUCGGUGUAAGUGCUCGCGAUAUGGGUUUCGUUUGCAUAAAAUGGGUGGGAGUGCGUGCGCCAAAACGUACAGAGCGGUGCUCAGAGCACUGAGAGGUAUGACAUGGACAACGAAGGACACAUAAUAUUUGUGCACAAUAUUCCAGACCUUGCAAGUGGUACAAAGCCUUAAUACUCUAUGCAUUGUAAAGACUUACUUCACGAGCCAAGAUUGGCACAAUGCAGCACGAAUUAUGCCAGUGUCGUUGUUCGCUGUAGGGAUUACAAACUUCGCUGUUCAUUUCUGUUACCUGCAUCAGGCGGACUAAAGAUGUCAGUGACCUUUCCCUGAGAGCAGCGACGGAAGGGGUGCCAGAACUGCAUUCCGUGUGCACUAAUAUGGAACCCAUUAACUUCGUCACGUGUCAUCUGCCAUAACCUUGCCUAACCCGUAUCCCUGCGAAGAAAGGCCGUCACCAAAUAUGCAAACCUCUUUUCUGAUGCACAAAUUUUUCGUUUCGUUAGCACCAGCCGCGGAGCUAUCUCAAAGGGGCCAAAGUAUUUGAGAAGAAAGCUGAGGGAAUGUAAAAACGAAAAGAAAAAAGCUUUCGGUUUGCCAAACAUGAGAUUUGCGUUAGGUUCCUGUUACAAGUGCGUGUGUGAGCGAACAACUUGGACAAAACGUACAGAAACAUGCCUAAGGCAAUAUUUUGAUCGCAAUACUCUGGUAAUUGCACUUUUUUUUUCCGUGCCUUUUCUUUCUUUAAUGGAGGAGAGGUGCGCUUGGACUCGGUCCAUGCACAGCGUGCGAUCUUGCAGGCUCAAAGUGGGUCACAUUUUCUCGAUCCAGUUUGCAAACUCUGCUAUUUUCUUUUUUCUGUGCAAAGUGUAGUGAUGCCAGUGGACAAAACCACGGUGAUGACAGUACCACUAAUGAUUCCACUCAAACCUUCCUUAUUCACGCGCGAGGGUGCGCUAGUUCAUUGUAGGUAAACUUGCCGGGCAAAUGUGACAGUUUCUCUUAGACGAGCUCUGGAAACUUUUCGUGUGCUGUAGAUAGGCUGUGCAUAAUUGUUUCCGUUAACAAGUACUCGUUAGUUUUGCGGGUAGUUUUGUCAUGUUAAGAGAGAAAGCGAAUUUUCUGGUUUACGCUGCUCCAGCUCAUGCCGUGUCGUGAAAUCUCGAACGGACCAUAACUUGCUUCGCUUGCGAACGAUCGUGUUUGCAAACGCUGCAGCACCACGAGCGUACAUGUGGUGUUGUUUCUGAAAUAUCAGUACUUUAGGGUUCAUCAUCUGCCGUUCAUUUUUAUUCACAAUCGUCGAGAGACAAAAGAAAAGCAUAUAUAGAGAUUUUCUUGUCCUUUUUUUCGCAUAUUUGUUGUUGUUUUUUAUCUUCAGUUUCACCAAAUAAGGCAUGGACUUAAAGGUUUCACAAGUGUUCAUUUCGUAUGUCUGACGUCAUCCGAACGUACGCCAUUUAAACUCUACGACAUUCGGUUUCUUUCUUUUUUUUUUCUUAUCGUUUUAACUUCCUUUUGAACGUCAUUUCUGCGUGUCCAUUCGCCCGUAUUGGUGCGCCCAUUUUAUUUGUAGAAUGCGUAUUAUUUAAACAUUUUCGUGUGUGCGAGCUUUAUGGUGCUGCUUUGCGAGGUACAGUGUUAUCUAAUGUUAAAGGGAACACCUAAUUAGUGUGCAGAGCAACAUAAUUAGAACGUAUCAUUGACCCCAUAAGGGAAAAAAUAAGUGCUUGAUGCGACGCGUUAGGUAGACCUAUGUUGGUCAAGAAUUGUUGCCUGUGCCUUCUUGUGAAGCCUGUAAUUAGUCCCAAAAUAUUAAUUUGGCGUUCCCUUUACCACUGGGUCAUACUCUACAUCCACGUAUUCCUCUUGUUUCUGUGCUUUUGAUAUCCUUAGGAUGCAGUAGUUUUGGUGAGUUGGCAUUUUUUGUGACGGUGGAAUACUUCUCUAAGAACCUGCUCAGCGAGCAAGCGCGAAACACUCAGUUUGAAUGUAGGCACUAAGAAACUGUCUUUUGUGCUUUUACUGCCACAUGUGAUUGCGCCAAUGGGUUGAGCACACUUUUCAGGAGCUGUACCUGCGACAACUACUCCAAGUCAAAAAAAAAAAAAAGCACUCGACUCGGCAAUGUUUCUUUUUAGAUUAUCGGUUUUUCAUGGUGAAGUCAUUACUGGAUAACACGCUUUGACAAAAACACGCAUGCAAAUGCAUAGUACAACAUUAUUUUCGCACAAAUGUUUAUCCCAACGUGAUCGUAUACGGACGCCGUUUCGGUGGUACAGAAAUGCCAGGUGCUAUGGCAUUUGCUUCCUUAGAGAUUGUGAAAUCUACCGUUACUAAGUUUUUUUUAUUUUAUUUUUUUUACAGUAGGGAUGUUUUUGGGUAAUAGACUUGUGUUCCCACCGAAAUCAUUGUCUUUAUGUACCUGCAAAGUGACCACUUAAAAAAGAGUUUUUGCCUUGUUUGCUUUUUCGAUUAUUUCAAAUGGCGCAGAUGAAAAUGUUUGUUUUUUUCUUCGGACCUUACUACGACUUUUUUUUAAAGCAUUCGACGGCAGCCGCAUAGCGUAUUUUCCAUGUCAUAUCGUAUCAACCACCGACCCGCAUCCGUCACCAAACAAUGUCUCGCUACACAGCGUAUGCUCUGUUAAAACAACUUCGUGUUAUCUCUCAGAUAUUACAUGUGUAUCGCUCCAUAGAGUACUCGGUCAAGUGUAGCGAAUGCUAAGCCCGUGUUAUCUCUUGAACAAUGCAUGUGUAUGGCUGUAUAGGACACUCGGUUAGAAAUAAUGAAUGCUAAGCCUUAGUCUGCAAAUACUCGAGCCUGUUUCCAUGUCUCCAGCUGUUUACUCCGACUAAGUUUUCUUUUCCUUACCUUCUUUCUUUUUUUCUUUAAUUAAGUGAGGAAAGUGCGUGCGAUAUGACGUGUAAUAUGUAUUACGCGGUCUUCUUUACCGCCUUGAUGGGGACGCUAAAAGGGAAUAUUAAAUUAGUGUGCGUUAAUAACUUAAUGCAACAAAAAGGUAAAUCUUACUUUUACAGGUUGUUUGGCGAGUCUGAAAACAUGCCGAAACGAAAUACAGCAGUCGUGCCGCCUUGAAGUAUAAUGACGCCAUUGAUUUGGACUGCUUCUGUUCGGGCAUGGUCAAUUUUUUUGUUACCGGUAAAGCUGGGCUGUAACUUAUAGUCAAAUAACUUCAGAAGCUUAGAGCACGUUUACAGCGCCACAACGGCGUAAAUGCGAAAAUAAAAUUGAAAUGCGUGAGGUCACACUGACGUAACUGCACUAGGGUAUCGGUGCCAAAUUUAAGAAAAAAAAAGGUGCUGCCUUUAAUUUUUUUUUCUUUAGUAAUAACCCUUAUGCAAUGAAAUCAACGAAAAUGGAGUUUUAGAACACCUUAUUUAAUGAGUGAAAACUCGUUUAGUGUUUCUCCGCACUGUCCCUCUCGGCGGAGCGCACAACUGCGUCGAUGCAUUCAUCUAGUCCUCGAGUUACGGAAGCGGCGAAUCACAAAUUACCAGCUCGCUCCGGUAUGCGUGCAGAUGCGAAAGGGGGCCGUGUUAACGGCGGGGGAAAAUCGGUGAGCUACACGUGUAGCGAACCUAACGACCGGUGGGGGAGGGGUCUCUUCUUCUCGACGUUGAAAUCGUUUUGGCUUUCGGAAGCAAUCCGCCGACGCGAACGCGUCCUGUGUCGUGCAUAGCUGUUCUCCCGUUUCCUCAAGCAGUUAAUACCUCGUGAGGAGAAGGGCGAGGCUCUGCCUUGCUCAGAUCGAGGCCCGACCUUCGGGAGGCCAUCCUGGAGUGGGCCGAGGGUAUGGAGGAAGCCCACUUCAAGUAGUUCCUGCCCCUCCACCAUCUAUCCCGUUGCCCCCUUCCCUUUAAUGAGAUAUAAAGUAAGUUUUUCAUUCAUUCUGCGAGUUAACAGGAAACCAGCAAACUGGCGCCUGCGCAAUGGACGAAUGAAUGAACGGGACGAGCGCUAUAGAAUUACAACUGACUUUAUUCUCGUAAAGUCUUCGACAGCAAAAAAAAAAAAAGAAAGAACGAAAAAGAGCGGCACAUUCGCAAAACCAUUCGCGAGAGAAUGAAGGAAGUAUCAAUGUGACGCGUUGUCGAGAUAACAACUCUCUUUUCUCCUUUUUUUUUUUUUUGGUUCAGAACAACGAUGGCGCGGUCACGCACCUUUCGUGGCACAAUUUCCGCACGCGGUACGCUCCGACAACCUCGCGUUCGGUCUGCGUUUUCCUUUCUUUCAUUUCAUUUUUUUUAUUCACGUAGUUUCGUCCACCUUGUUCCUUUUGUGUAAGUGCCCGUUAGAUAGUUUCCUGUUCGUUCGCAAGUAUGUACCCGCUCCCCCAGCAAGACUCAUUUGCUGGUAUAGCUGUGCGAAACAGACUAUCGUCGCUUCACUAUCACGGACGUGACCAAAGAAACAUUCACUUCGUUGCGCUUACCGGGCGCUACUGCUUCAAUAUAUUAGCGGCUGUUGGCGUCUUCAGUUCUUUUCUUUUUUUUUUCUUUUUAGGACACGCGGAGCCGUCUCUCGUUAAAAUUUAUUUAACACAUAUGUGUGGUGGCAGAUUGAGUAUCGGUAAUUUCAGCGCACCUGCAAAGUUUUCCUUUUAAACGACAGCUUUGGUCCUGGUGUUAGUUAUAAACGCGGCUCGCAGUCAGCUUCUCCGAGGAGCAAUUUGCGCAUGCUCCGAUCGUGAAUUGCAGUAGCUGGUAUUGCUUCGCUUUGCUGAUUAAGCGUCAUCGAACCUACUACUCGUAGCCAAACGACGAGAUCGGCGGAAAGGACCGAGUACCGCGAACAUAUAUUUCGGUAAUAGUCGUGAAUGGCACAACAUCACCUUGCAUCACGGACCCCCGUAAACCACAACGGUCCUCCUCGGCUGUACAGGCCUCCUCGUCAAAUCGGUGUAUCUGCAGAUGGUGCAGACGAAGCUGUUUCUAGCUUGGCCAUUCUAAACUGGUCCGCAUUGUACUCGCCGGUUGGCUUGGCUACGGUGCCUUCGAAACAUGCGCGUGACCUUUAAGCACGUGACGACAGCUUAAGGUUUCGUGUAAGGACUCGAGUAAUGUCUGUAUUCCGAGGCUUUGCUUACGCAAUUGCUGCUCUACAACCGCAUGCAUCGUAGUUUGUGUGCCUGUUUUGCAUAUAUAUUAUAUAUAAAUUUAUAUAUUACCUGUUGUGUGUUGUACUUCAAUGAGUGCGAAAUAGUAGUGUUUCUUUUCUUGUUUUUUCAUUGUGGCAAUAAAAGAAGUGCCAGCCAGAAUGGCUUUUGUCCGAAA